AUGUUUACUGACCUGGAAAUCGCCGCCCCCUCCAGAAUCCCCCUCAACGACGAUGCUCAGGAAAGAGGAAAACGUGUAAACCCGCGGAAGGCCCUGCAAGAGAAGCAGAUCAACGAAAUCAGAGCUGCCGCGACCCCGCGCAAAGCAAGCGCCAGGCUGGAGGACCUCGAAAAUGCCACCCCGGGGCCUGGGCCCGGGACGCCAAGGGGAGUGCGUGCGGGAACCAUCCUGGACGAUGGAGAUGAUCCCUUCGCCGUUGGCACCACGCCUGGAAAGCGCGUGCCGAUUCUCGCCAACUUCGAGCAGUGGAUGAAGAUGGCUACCGACAACAAGAUCAACGCAACAAACUCCUGGAACUUUGCACUCAUCGACUACUUCCACGACAUGUCGCUGCUGAAAGAGGGAGACAGCGUCAACUUUCAAAAGGCCAGCUGCACCCUCGAUGGCUGCGUCAAGAUUUACACCAACCGAGUGGACAGUGUUGCUACUGAGACUGGCAAACUCCUCAGCGGCUUGGCGGAUAGCGGUAGUAAGAAGAAAGAUCGGGAAGAGGACGGGGAGGAAAGCGAAGAGGAACUUGAUGAGGAUGGAAAUGUGAAGAAGAAGCCCAAGAAGAAGUCGCAACGAUCCUCGGAAGCAACCCUGGCACCUUCUUUCAAUUCGAUACAGCUCAAGAAAUUCGAACUUGAAUUUGCGGUCGACCCUCUAUUCAAAAAGGCCUCUGCCGACUUUGACGAGGGUGGUGCCAAGGGGCUUCUUCUUAAUCAUCUCAUGAUCGAUUCGCAGGGCCGCAUUGUUUUUGACAGCAGCGACGACUCGGUUGAUGAGGCGGCCAUUGGAAAGAAGCAAGACGAUCACAACGAGGAGGAGGCAGAGGACGAGGAGGCUGAUGACACAGAAAUGGGAAACACAACAAAGGAGCUCGGCCAAGAAGUGGAAGUCCCUGAAUUGGAUGAGGAUGACGACGAAGCUGCCGUUGAAAUCGACUUAGUGUCUCUGCGGCAGAGGUACUUCCCGGAACUGAGUCUCCUCGAUGAGCUUGAUGUGUGCCCGUCGCUCAAAAACUUUGACAUUGGUGACCCCUCGGGUUCCACGGACAUUCCUUUUCUCAAAGCACCGGACGAUUGGCGACAAGACAGGGAUGGCGAAGGUGCUGCCGCCAACGGAGAUAGAUCUGGGAUGCUCAUAGAAGGAGAUGCCCCUGGUUUUGAUGACGAUGACGAACUCGGGCUUGGUGAUUAUGGUAGGGGAGCUGAUCCUGGGUUCGGUGAAGGAGGAGACGCCUGGGCUCGAGAAGCAGCUCUCGAACCACAUAUGCGUGUAUACAAUGCUGGAGAGGAAGGCAUAGACGGUGAAGCUGAUGGGUACACUGACAAGGGCGAGUAUGUCGUGUCAAUGACUGAUCCGCGGAAGAGCGAGAAGGCGCAUGAGGACAUCCUUAGCUUCUUCGACCAAGCGCUCAAAAAGAACUGGACCAGCGCCGAGCACUGGAGAAUCAGAAAGAUCAAGGACAGCAGCAAGCCCACCGAGACCAAGAAAAGAAAAGAAAAGGAGCCCUUCCAGAUUGAUUUUGACGCCCCGACGGAUUCAGCCAUGCACGAUCUACUCUACGCGCAAGCCGCCAACAACGCGGCAAUUAGCAUACCCAAGAGUCAAUGGAAAUCCAAGUCGCGUCACCUGCUUCCUGACGACAAGCAUUUCCAUUCCAGAUCGCUCUUGAGUCUUUUCCUCAAGCCCAAGGCGCGGAUUGGUCAGCGAAAAGUUGGGUUUGGUGGGCGGGGUAUUGCGGCAACUGUCGCAGAUAGCCUCCAAGCUGGCGACCUGGACGAGGCCUUCUGGGCGCGCCAGAGGGAUCCUCUGGACAGCCAUGAUGAUACGGUAGCGCCCCAGGGCGACUACGAUGCCGACUUUUUCCAAGAUGACGGCUUGCCUUUUGCUGGUCAUGACGAUGACGAUGACUUGGAGUUUGCUGAUGCCCGCGAGCACUUCUCCCCAGAUCUCAACGGUGACGCGGGUAUGACCGAGGGAGUCGGUAUCACGGCCAAGUUGGGCGGCGAGAUGACCAAUGCAAUGACCGGUGCCUUUGGCACAACGCUCGUCACGCAGACGAGGAGGAUACGACCUGAAUACGUCCAAUAUGCUAGGGUAGCCAAGAAGGUUGAUGUGCGGCGACUCAAGGAGGAGAUUUGGCGCGGAAUGGCUUUCAGCGAUCUCGAGGCACCACCCACGCCAGCUGAUGACGAACCACUCCCAGGUGUGGGCGAUCCUUCACUCAAGUUCACGUCAGUCAUGAACGGAUUAAAAACCGUCUACCCCAAGAAAAUCAUGGAAGACAUCUCCACGUCCUUUUGCUUCAUCUCUCUGCUCCACCUGGCCAACGAGAAGGGUCUGGUGAUUGAGAAGACAGAGGACCUGGCAGAGCUGAACAUUCGAAAGGACUGGACGGCCGAGGCUACGGAAGAAUGA